AAAAAGAGUUCAGAUAGUCUAAUCUUGUCGACUGUCUUUCUCAUCUCGUCAUUCCCCUUCUCCUUUCUCUCCUCUUCCCCUUAGCAUCCCGACUGAAAUUCUCACUAGCCAAAGAACCCGAUUCAAAUCUAUGCUCCAGUCGGGCCGGGUGAUCACAAGGUCUCAGAAUUCCUGUUCUUCUGAGUUGUUGGUUCUCUGACCCGCCGCCAUGUCAGAACGGAGCUCGAGCUCAUAUGGCGACGCUGAUACUGGCACGGACGUAGCGCCAGCCACCGCCACCAGAAGCAUCAGUUGGACGCCGCAGGGCCGCGCGCUCACGGCCUGCCUCGUCGCCGUUAACGUCGCGCUCGUCGCCCUCGUCUACCUCUACUUCUGGAGGGUGUUCUCCCGCAAGCGCGCCACGUCCCCCGUCGGCGGUGGUGACAACGACGACGGCGCGUCGUCCUCCGCCUCGACGCCGUCCUCGCCUCCAAGGAUCCAGGACCACGACCGCCUCGUGGCGUCGCUGCCGACUUUCGUCGUGCGCUCCGGCGCCGGCGAGAAGGGGGCCGCGGCGGAGUGCGCGGUGUGCAUCGCGGAGCUGAGGGGCGGCGACGAGGGCCGCGCGCUGCCGCGGUGCGGGCACCGGUUCCACGCGGCGUGCGUCGACGCGUGGCUGCAGCGCCACGCCACCUGCCCGCUGUGCCGGGCAAGCGUCGUCGCCGCGGAGACGGAGGCGGGGCCCAAAGGCGGUGGCGUGACGGACACGACGACGGCUGCCGUGGAGGAUGUCGACGCGCGGGUCUAGUCAUCACUACUCAAGUAGCGUGUGAACUUGUAUGUGUGUGUGAAGCGAAGAAAUUGGGACGUCAAGUAGCAUCUGUAUCUUGUCUUUGGUCAUCGAAAGGCUGUUGUCGCAGCAUUAUCUUGUUUAAAUUUGGAUGGCUCCAAACUGGCCACGAAGCUGAUAGUGCAAGAUUGGAUUUGUAUUCCA